AUGUUCAAACGUAAAUUAUCUUCGCUUGACUAUGAAAAAGAUUACAAUCCACAAGAUGAAACUCAGUUUCGGCAAAUGGUUAUAUGGCUUGAAGAUAUGAAAAUACGUUUAUAUCCUAUUGAUGGACGACAAAGUCUACGUGAUAUUCAAAAUCCUCGAUGGGAAGAAAUUCUGUACAAAUAUUUACAAGAUUUAAAGUUUUCCUAUGAUAAUGAUGUAAUUAAAGAUCGAGUAGCUUUGAGUGAUUGGCUCAUUGGAAUAGCUGUACGAUUUGAAUAUGGUGAUGAUGUUGAUAAAUACAAACAGAUUCCGUCGAAUAAAAUAAAUAAUCAACCGAAGCCAGAUUCCGUAAAUCAAAGUGAAAAUCCAUUAGAAAAAAUCGAUUAUACAAGCGAAGAAUUCAAAUCUGGCAUGUUAAAAUUAUGUGAACUUUUACAAAUUCCAACAAAAUUUAAUGAUACAACAGCAAUUCUUCGUGCUGUAAGCAAAAUAAUCACAACAAAAUUAUCAAAAGAGGCGAUUGAUAAAAGUCAAAUAAAGGAACAAGCUUCAGGUGUCAAUUUUUCUAUUGAACAAAUGCCACUUGGAUUUGAUACUGGUGAUAAAAUAAUUAAUGAGGCUGCGAAAAUUCUUCGAUUAUUAUAUAUUCAAGAUUUAAGAACCUUACAAACAAAAAUAAAUGAAACUAUUGUAAAUGUUCAAUCACUUGUUGCUGACCCACGUACUGACAGUAAAUUAGGAAAGAUUGGCUGGUAA